AGUUCUGUCUUUAUUGUUAGGUAAAUCAGACGUGUAUCGGCUCAGGAAUGUAUUUCAUUGAAGUUCAUAAUUUCUUCGGUCAAAUAAUUUUUUUGUUGCAAUACAUUGGGUUUUGGCAUCGGGGAGAUGAAGCCACGGUUCGAGAGCUGGUUAUUAAGUGGUCCUAUUGCGUUUACUACUCUCUGUUUGUAGUGUCAUUAGCGAUUGGAGGAAUUAGAAGUGAAAAUGGGGAUGAGGCGAUAUUCUUAAUAGAAAUAGCGGUUAUAGUCUCAGUUUUAGCAUUUAAGCUUUGCGUUUUGAUCUGGAAGCAAAACCAAAUUGUCGUAUUGCUAAAUCGCAUUAGCAUCUUUUCAGUAAAAUACAACGAAAAUUCAACCAUUUUCAAUGACAAAAUCGAAAGUUUCAUGAAAUUUGUGAAAGUGUUUUUGAUUUCUUUUGUUGUCGCUCUUUUCUUCGAGGUAGCAGUGGCACCUUUUCUAAAUAGUGAGAAUACGUUAUUUUUCGCGAUUGCAUUCCCAUUGGACUGGAAACAGAAUAAAAUAGCAUUCUGGAUCGCAAACAUUUUUCUUUUCACUGAAGUCGGACUUUGUGUGGCGCCACUCUUGUUCGCCAUAACUGUAUGGUAUCUAAUGCUUAUUUGCUCCUUACGAUACAAAAUUUUGCAAGUAGAGUUGAGAAACUUGGGCCGAACGAGCGAUGGGGGAAGGGCUGAUGCGUCGGACAAAGCAUGGCAUAAGGCAUUUUCUCAGGAUAUAAAAUCAUCAAUCGAUCGUCACUUACUCUUGAGAGGAUUGACUGAUGAAUUGGAGGAUUUCUACACCUCUCUAUUUUUCAUUCAGUUUGGUACUGGAAGCCUUUUCAUUUGCGGAUCAAUUUAUUGUCUAGCAUUUAAUGUCAGCAACAAUUUAGUGGAAAUCCUAAUUCAAGCUUAUAUCUUGAUAUACAACAUCUCCGAAAUAUUCAUGAUCACCUAUUUCGGCAAUGAGAUUAUGUUAUCGAGUGAUAGUCUCACUUACAGCUUAUUCGAGUCGGAUUGGGUUGAUCAGCCGCGCUCAACCAAAAGAAGUGUACUAGUCUUUGCUGAAUAUUUGAAGCAACCACAUCAGCUUAUGGUUGCUAAAAUAUAUCCAUUGACUUUGAUGACGUUUACUGAGAUUGUCAGGUCUGCAUACAGUAUGUUCAACAUUUUGAAGAACAUGAAACAUUGA